UUCAAUGGCGCCCACAACUGCAUCUCACCAUAUUCUUUACACCCCUUCGCCUUUUCCUAUACUUCCCCAACUGAUGAUUCGCCAUCCUUAGCGCGGAUCUCCAGUCUUCUAUAUCAUUCCUCAUCUUUGCCUGUUCCUGGACUGCCGAUCGAAGCAAAUGUGUUCGACCCUGACGUCACCUGAAAUACCUUCUCUUUGAUCAACUCCGCAGCAGUCAUGCCUGGCGCCUCUACACUAAACAGUCCCAUCAAUCCGCAGCUUCAGCACUCCGAACUGGCUGUACCUCGAUCCAAUCAACGAAAAAAUUCUUUAGCCAUCGGCAAUGAUGGCUACCCGCUUGAUGCCCCAGCUCGCCCAAAAAUGGCACGGCAUUACACCACAUUUCAAGAGCAUGCUGACGCUAUGCGCGUCGACUUCAUGGCGCCUGGAGAACGUCGCUCUACACCGCAGCCUAACGACCGAAGGGAGGGCGUUACAUAGGAGGUUCGCAAGUCCGAAGAUUUGGCAGAUACCAGCUCCCGUCAAUUGCCUACACCGAACACUCCUCCACCAUUGGACGAAAUCCUACGUAGAUCUUCCAAAGAUGGCACUACAAAGCAAAGAGGGCAUAGUGUCAUCAGUUCGAAC